AUGGGUGUUGCUCUUCUUUCACUUGUUAGGCACUUUGUUCUCUUUUUCAUCACAUUGGGUCUCAUUCCUCAUCAGCAAACUCUUGCAAGCAUAACAAGGCACUACAAAUUUGAUAUCCAACUGCAAAAUGUGACAAGGCUGUGCCACACCAAGAGCAUUGUAACCGUAAACGGACAAUUUCCUGGGCCUCGAAUUGUUGCUAGGGAGGGUGAUCACCUCCUCAUUAAAGUGGUUAACCAUGUUCAAAGCAAUAUCUCCAUCCAUUGGCAUGGGAUUCGACAGCUUCAAACCGGGUGGGCCGAUGGUCCGGCAUACAUUACUCAAUGCCCGAUACAAAGAUACAUUAUCACAUCAAAACUUCUGCUCCACAAACCAAUUCUCCCAGCUCUAAACGACACAUCGUUUGCAACAAAGUUCGCUAGCAAACUCCGCAGCUUAAACACUCCAGAGUUCCCAGCGAACGUCCCGCAGAAAGUUAACAAGCGUUUGUUCUUCACAAUAGGACUUGGAACCAACCCAUGUAGCCAGCAUCAGCACAACAACCAAACCUGCCAAGGACCCAAUGGAACCAUGUUUGCUGCUUCAAUCAACAACGUUUCUUUUACUAUGCCAAACACUGCCUUACUCCAAUCCCACUUUUCUGGCCAAUCAAAGGGAGUUUAUUCCCCUGACUUUCCGAUCAGCCCUUCAAUUCCAUUUAAUUACACAGGGGCCCAGCUAAACAAUACUAAUGUGAGCAAUGGUACAAAACUUAUGGUGCUUCCGUUUAACACUAGUGUGGAGUUGGUGCUGCAAGACACUAGUAUUCUUGGUGCUGAAAGCCAUCCUCUUCAUCUUCAUGGAUUUAACUUCUUUGUUGUUGGUCAAGGGUUUGGCAACUUUGACCAGAAUUAUGACCCUAGGAAGUUCAAUCUGGUUGACCCCGUUGAAAGAAACACGGUGGGUGUGCCCUCUGGUGGGUGGGUUGCCAUUCGGUUUCUAGCAGAUAACCCAGGUGUCUGGUUCAUGCAUUGCCACUUGGAAAUCCACACUAGCUGGGGCUUGAAGAUGGCUUGGGUAGUCUUAGAUGGAGAGCUUCCCAAUCAAAAGUUGCUUCCUCCACCACUGGAUCUUCCUAAAUGCUGA